UCAUGAAAACGAAUCUUAAUUUCACUCAAAACUAACCUUUAUCUUUUAAAUCUACCGCAUUUUUGUUUAGAAAAUAAAGGUUAAGUUGAAAGAAUAAACCAGCGUGAAGCAUUAAACAUGUUUUAUGGGACAUAAAACACAUUAUAACAUGAACACAUGAUUAAUUUAUUGGAUUUUGCAUUAUUGUUUUCAAACUUAUAAUUGAUUAUGGCAUCUUUAUAUAAGACUAUUUAUCCGGUGAAAUAUUUUAGAGAUUACUUAUCACAAGAAAUCCGACCAGACGGUAGAGAAUUUUUGAAUUUUCGGCCUAUAAGUGUAAAUGUUUCAUCAAUAACUCAAGCUGAUGCUUCUGCAAUAUUCAAAAUAGGAAACACUACGAUCGUUUGUGGUAUUAAAGCUGAACUAGCAGAACCUAAGGCUGAUGCUCCUGAUUGUGGGUUUAUCAUUCCAAAUGUUGAACUGUCACCAUUAUGUUCAUCAAAAUUUCGACCUGGUCCUCCCAGUGAUCAGGCUCAAGUUGCCUCAAAAAUGAUAGAUGACAUUCUGAUUGACUCUGAAAUAAUUAAUCUUAAAGAUUUAUGCAUUUGCAAGAACAAAUUAGUUUGGGUACUUUAUUGUGAUCUUGAAUGCAUAGAUUGUGAUGGAUCAAUUAUUGACGCUUGCGUAGGCGCUUUGAUAGCAGCUUUAUCAACUCUUACUUUACCGGAAGUAAAUCAUAACCCUGAUGCUAAAACCACGUUUGUUCAUCCGACAAAGCGAAGACCAAUCGCUAUCAGGACAUUUUUGGCAUCUUGUACCUUUUCUAUUUUUGAAAAUGAUUUAUUACUAGCUGAUCCAACAGAUGAAGAAGAAACACAAGCUUUAGCAAGGUUGACAAUAGUAAUGGAUUCAGAAGAGAUAUUUUGCGUUCAUAAGCCUGGUGGAGUACCGAUAUCCAUAGAUCUGCUUCAAAAAAGUAUAGCAAUUGCAAAAAAAAGAACAAAAAAAGUUACAACUCUUAUAAAAACAGCAAUAAAUGAUAUAAGUAGUUAAGUCUGAAAAAUAUUUAAUAUUUCAAUAAAAAAA